AUCUAGUCCUUACAAGCGCACAUGGACAUUGUAGAGUGUAGCGGCUCUGAUGUUAAAGAGUACGCUGGUCUCUGAAUCAGAUUUUUUAUGUAGGCUAUCUCUCUCUCUGUUUUCUGUCGCACCCGCUUACUUCUAAUUUUUCAAACUCAGUUGUCAGUGUCUUGGUGACAUUACUGCCAAGUCCUUGAGUGCGACACGCAGGGAUUUCAGCAUGCUUGGAUGAAAAGUUUUUGACAGCUCCUCUUUCGUGGUCCCGCUAUAAGAAGUCAAUACUUGUUCUUCCUCUGUUUCGGAGCUGAUCCCACUCUACUGCUUGCAUCCCGUAUCUGUCAAUCAGUCGUGGACAGCAUAUUAUGGUCGUGUCGGUGCAAUAAUUCACCCUGAACGCAUUUCUUUCCCAAAUCGGGCAAAAUGACUAACUGGCGUUGGACGAACUUUGCAUUUCUAAUGGUUUUUCAUGUCUUGUCCAUGUCAACAGCAACGGGCAAUACAGACAACACACUUCUGAAUUUACAUGAUGGGAAAAGCUUGGACCAGAGUGUGCUGCACAGUGCUGUCCCUAAGCCCCAACGCUAUGACACCACGGUACCUCUCCUGCUGGAAGGGAGGCAGCGCAAACCACUCAGCCAGCUCAAGUCCAGGAGUCAUCCUGCAUCACUGAAGCUGGUGGUGGAGGCGGAAGGUGAACAACUGGUCCUGGCACUAGAAAAAAACCAGGGCCUGUUUGCGAGCCAUUACACUGAGACACAUUAUCUGGACGAUGGCAGUGCAGUCACUGGUGCUCACAACUUUACGAAGAACUGCUACUACCAUGGAGAAGUGGAGGGCCACGCUAACUCUGACGUCACUCUCAGCACCUGCUCUGGACUCCGGGGUUUCAUCUCACUUCAAAAUAAAACCUUCAUCCUUGAACCAUCGUUGUACCAGAACAAUAAUAAACACAUCAUCUACCGAGGGGAAAACCUCAACCUGUCCCCCGGAACCUGUGGUCAUGGCUUCAACAUGUCCUCUGUUACCCCUGACAACCAUCUGAGAAGCCCUUUCAGAACAUUCAGUACCAGGAACAAGAGGCACGCUCAGAAAACUACCAAAUAUGUAGAGCUGGUCAUCGUUGCAGACAACAGAGAGUUUCAGAAACAGGGGAAGGACGUUGAGAGGGUGAAGCAGAGACUGGCAGAGAUAGCCAAUUACGUGGACAAGUUCUAUAGGGUCCUGAACAUCCGUGUGGCCCUAGUGGGCCUGGAGGUGUGGAGCGACGCUGAUAAGUGUCCUGUCACUCAGGACCCCUUCAACACCCUGCAUGAGUUCCUAGACUGGAGGAAAGUUAAACUACUGCCUACAAAAUCACACGACAACGCUCAGCUCAUCAGUGGGGUGUACUUCCAGGGUACCACCAUUGGCAUGGCCCCCAUCAUGAGCAUGUGUACAGUGGAGCAGUCUGGAGGCAUCGUCAUGGAUCAUUCGGAUAAUCCCCUGGGCGCGGCUGUGACUUUAGCACAUGAGCUGGGGCACAACUUUGGCAUGAACCACGACACUCCAGAGCGGGGGUGUGGCUGCAGGAUGACAGUGGACCGCGGGGGCUGUAUCAUGACCCCCUCCACUGGGUACCCAUUUCCUACGGUAUUCAGCACCUGCAGUAAGAAGGACCUGGCAGCCAGUCUGGAGAAGGGAGUGGGGAUGUGUCUGUACAACAUGCCUGAGGUCAAGGUGCUGUACGGGGGACAGAAGUGUGGCAAUGGAUACGUGGAGGAGGGAGAGGAGUGUGACUGUGGAGAACUGGAGGAAUGCAUGAACCCCUGCUGCAAUGCCACCACCUGCACCCUGAAGGGAAAUGCCGUGUGCGCCCACGGACAGUGCUGCGAGGACUGCAGGCUGAAGCCUGCUGGCACACCGUGUCGAGAGUCCAGUAACUCCUGUGAUUUGCCAGAGUUCUGUACUGGUGCCAAUCCCCACUGCCCUGCCAAUGUGUACCUGCAUGACGGUCACUCCUGCCACAACGUGGAUGGAUACUGCUACAACGGCAUCUGCCAGACUCAUGAGCAGCAGUGCAUCACGCUAUGGGGACCAGGAGCCAAACCUGCCCCAGGGAUCUGCUUUGAGAGGGUCAACUCAGCAGGAGAUCCUUACGGGAACUGUGGGAAGGACUCCAAAGGAUCGUUUGCCAAAUGUGAAGCCCGAGACGCAAAGUGUGGCAAAAUUCAGUGUCAAGGAGGGGCCAACCGGCCGGUGAUUGGCACCAAUGCCGUCUCCAUAGAAACCAACAUCCCUCUUCAGGAAGGAGGGAGGAUCCUGUGUCGGGGAACCCACGUCUACCUGGGUGAUGACAUGCCCGACCCUGGACUGGUUCUGGCUGGCACCAAGUGUGGAGAGGGCAUGAUGUGUCUGAAUCGUCAGUGCCAGAAUGUCAGUGUGUUUGGAGUGCACCAGUGUUCAGGGAAGUGCAGUGGACGAGGGGUGUGUAACAACUUGGAGAACUGCCAUUGUGAGGCGCACUGGGCCCCUCCCUUCUGUGAGAGGACGGGGUUUGGGGGCAGCCUAGACAGUGGACCAAUGAGAUUGGCAGAUGUGCGUGUGUGUGUAUUAAUGUGCGUGUUGUCGUAUGUGACAUCAGCCGACAGCAGGGUGGUUGCUGUGGCAAUCCUGGCCACCCUCCUCAGCCUUAUGGGUGCUGGGUUCCUGGUAUUCCUUAAGAGGAAGACUCUGGUCCGUCUGCUCUUCACAAACAAGAAAACCACAAUAGAGAAACUGAGAUCAGUUGGGUCGACCAGACCAGCCAGCCCCAACCAGACUCAGUCCAUGUACAGUCCACGACGCAAGCCCCCAGCCAAGCCUCCAGGUACCAGCAUAUACAAGCCAUCACACCUGAGUUCGGAGCCUCUUCUCCCUCCACACAGUUUCCACUCCCACAGCUUGCGGCGGCUGCCCCACUACCAGCCCCUCCACAUCAGCCACCCCAUGCCUGUCUCCCUGAGUGUGGGUCAGCAGCCCCUGCCACCGGUCCCGCCCCACCACAAGGCUCUGCCGGCCCACACCGCCCUCUCCCCACCACGGGCACCGCCCUUCCACAGCCUGCCCCGACAGCAGCCCUACAGAAUGGACCAGGACUGCGAGAAACCCAGUCCACCCCAGAAGCCCCUGCCUGCAGACCCUCUGGGAAGGAGGGCUCGGGUGGGACGCAGCACCUCGGUGGUGGGGGUUCGCCUCCCUGGACCCAUCCCUAUCCCUAUCCCCACCGUACCCAGACCCCUGCUCACCAAUCCACAACUGAACAGACCUGCACCCAUACAAUCCCUGAGACUGCCAAAGACUCAUCAUUUUGACCCCUGAUCUCAAAGAAGAUCUGAUGGAAUGGAAAAAUGGAGCGCUCUAUGGAUGGAGACCCAUAUUUGCACUACAAGAAUACCAGACCCUUGCAACUUUGAAAGUGUCUCAGAGUUUUAGGGAAAGGACGACUGACUUCAAACCUUGGUGCUGUACCUCUGCUUUUGUUGUCCUCGCUCAGGUACAAAUGAACUAUUUAAUGUCUAUAUUUAUUAUUACUGUGUGCACAGUGCACUCUGGUAGACCCUAUUGACAGUAGCAUAUUGACACUUGGAGCGCUGUUGGUGAUUUUUAUUUUAUACCCCCAGCAAAAUCAGAAGACCAGUUUGCCAUAUAAUGGAGGGUAUGUUUUUAUAUAUACAGUUAAGGAGAGACAUACUGAAAAAUGUAUUUUAUUUUUAUCCUGUGAAGUUCCGAGAAUAAUUGGAGAGAAACACAGAUUGGGUUCAAUUUAAAGGGAAACAGAGCACUGCAUGGAACACUUUGAGAGUAACUUGUAACUCACUAAGCAGCAGUGUUAGGGACUGGGAAUUUUUGUUCAGUUUAUCAUUAAUAAGAAGUGCUUUUACAAUCAAAGGCGUCCACUCACUUCAUAAUCAGAAAUGGUGUUGACUGACAUGUUGGACGUAUCAAUUGAGGUGUGUUUCGACUAAUCCAAUUCAGUGCAAAAGCAAGGGAAUUGUUCAGAAUGGACACGUACUUGAGAAUUGACUGUUACGUGAACUUUGUAUUCAUACAUGAUCUUUAUUCAUAUACAGUUGAAGUCAGAAGUUUACAUACACUUCAGCCAAAUACAUUUAAACUCAGUUUUUCACAAUUAUUGACAUUUAAUCCUGGUAAAAAUUUGCUGUCUUAGGUCAGUUAGGCUCACCACUUUAUUUUAAGAAUGUGAAAUAUCAGAAUAAUAGUAGAGAGAAUGAUUUAGUUCAGCUUUUAUGUUUUUCAUCACAUUCCCAGUGGGUCAGAAGUUUACAUACAGUCAAUUAGUAUUUGGUAGCAUUGCCUUUAAAUUGUUUAACUUGGGUCAAAUGUUUCAGGUAGCCUUCAACAAGCUUCCCACAAUAAUUUGGAUGAAUUUUGGCCAAUUCCUCCUGACAGAACUGGUGUUACUGAGUCAGGAUUGUAGGCCCCUUGCUCACACAUGCUUUUUCAGUUCUGCCCACAAAUGUUCUAUAGGAUUGAGGUCAGGGCUUUGUGAUGGCCACUCCAAUACCUUGACUUUGUUGUCCUUAAGCCAUUUUGCCACAACUUUGGAAGUAUGAUUGGCGUCAUUGUCCAUUUGGAAGACCCAUUUGCGAACAUGCUUUAACUUCCUGACUGAUGUCUUGAGAUGUUGCUUCAAUAUGUCCACAUAAUUUUCUUUCCUCAUGAUUCCAUCUAUUUUGUGAAGUGCACCAGUCCCUCCUGCAGCAAAGCACCCCCACAACAUGAUGCUGCCACCCCUGUGCUUCAUGGUUGGGAUGGUAUUCUUCGGCGAUGGUCAUUAUGUCCAAACAGUUCUAUUUUUGCUUCAUCAGACCAGAGGACAUUUCUCUAAAAAGUAUGAUCUUUGUCCCCAUGUGCAGUUGCAAACCGUAGUCUGGCUUUUUUAUGGCGGUUUUGGAGCAGUGGCUUCUUCCUUGCUGAGCGGACUUUCAGGUUAUGUCGAUAUAGGACUUGUUUUACUGUGGAUAUACAGUGGGGCAAAAAAGUAUUUAGUCAGCCACCAAUUGUGCAUGUUCUCCCACUUAAAAAGAUGAGAGAGGCCUGUGAUUUUCAUCAUAGGUACACUUCAACUAUGACAGACAAAAUGAGAAAAAAAAUCAAGAAAAUCACAUUGUAGGAUUUUUAAUGAAUUUAUUUACAAAUUAUGGUAGAAAAUAAGUAUUUGAAUUAUAAGUGAAAUAAUCUGUCUGUAAACAAUUGUUGGAAAAACGACUUGCGUCAUGCACAAAGUAGAUGUCCUAACCGACUUGCCAAAACUUUAGUUUGUUAACAAGAAAUUUGUGGAGUGGUUGAAAAAUGAGUUUUAAUGACUCCCAACAUAAGUGUAUGUAAACUUCUGACUUCAACUGUAUACCCUAAUAUUUUAAUUGGCAGGGUAUUGGACCCAAUUACAGAACUACCCCAAAGAACAGUAUAUCUAACCUUGUAAUGUUUCUCCACUGGCAAACUUGAACACGUUUACUAAUUGACAAAUGGUGUUGGGCUCUUACAUUCCCUUAUUAGUUCAUGUUAGGACCACAAACUUGGAAGGAUAUGCUGUAUUCACCACUUCACUAAAUAAUCAACUCUCUUACACACAGCUUGGAGUAUUUGCUGGCAGUUGUGCAAUACGUAAUGCUCCCAGCGGAGCAAAGAGUGUGAUAUGACCUGACCCUGCCGGAUUUCAGAGAAUUACAGCAACACCAAAUAAUGCAAUAUAACAGGGCUUGUGGAGGAGUGUGCUAUAUGAACUAUCUUAACUCACUUGAUGCUGUAGUGUCAGGAUGACUUCAGUGUUGUGAACAGUCCAAACCCAACCUAGAUGGUGUCUGAUGUUUUAUUCAUUUCUGUGUUUUCAAAGUUCACUCAGACAAAAGUAUGGCCAAGUGGUUUGGUUUAUGAGGUAAUUCCCAGUACUUGACAUAUUUAUCACUAUUCAUUUGAUAUUGGAGCUUGGUGUCACACAUUGGCAUGCAAAUCUCCUUUGAAGUUUUCAAGACUCCCUUUAAGUUUAAUUUGUCCAUUGAAGUAUUACAGUCUAUUACAGGACAUACUCCCAAUACCUGUACUGAGUGUUGAGUUUUUGUCCCUUUAAACUUGACCAACAAUUUUUGGACUUUUAGAUUUCCAGUACAUUAAAAUGUCCAAAUGAAAGUAGAGACUGCUUGCAUAAUGUUUUGGUCACAAUGUUUCAUUAAACAUAGCUUUGAUGAAUGCUGAGUAAGAGUGUUCCUCAUACUGCUCAGUCCUCUGGCAUGG